AUGUCGACCAGUUCUCCCAUUCAAUCAAGCAGGAGAGGCUGUAAUACCAUUGAACCGUUCCGCAACGGCACUGCUGCUACAAAGACGAGAAGAACAUCAAAAACCUCACCCUCUGCACGCCCACCGAGCCAUCCGAGUUAUCACGUGAAAGAGCCCGGAACCCAUGAUUCAUCAUCGACGUCAAAGCGUCCUACAGUCCCCUCAGGGAUGACUCGGGCGCCCUCGACAGGCUUUUUGGAACAGAUGGGCACCGGUGGGCCUCAAUCGUACGAUCCUCUUGACCGUCAAUUCCUCCCCUACUACAAUCCGUUAGUCCCCCAAAACUCGUCCGGCCUUUCGGCGGCUCAGACCAGCCGACCGGGAUACCCUUUCACCAUGUCGACUGAUUCUCAUCCGGCCGAUGGUUCGCCGCCAUCCUCUAUAAAUGCACAAGCCUUGGCUGAGGACUUCGUGCUUAUUCCAAAAUCGUUACUUUCCUCGCCAAUCCCCACCGCGCCUCUGAACAAUUCAUCAGGCUCCAGCGUUCAUGUGCCCGACACCCAACCUCUUGAAAUCGUGAGAGGCGUCCUCAGAUUCAUCAGCCGUGGAAGCUUUGGGGUUCGAUGA